AUGCCUCCAAACUUCAGUCUCACAUCUUUGUUCUCGGCAUUUGGCCCCAGCUCCAAUAGCACUCAGAAGAAUACUCCGGCCAAGCUGCGAAAGACGCCACCAAUACCCAAUAUCUUGAGCCACACCAGAAUUCGCGGCUACCUGGGUACGCAAAAUUCUGGCCUUUCUACAGUAUUCGCGAGCUCCUACGAGAAGUGCAGGGCUCGAUUUGCGCGCCAGAAGAAGAGCAAAGUUCCCGAGCCGGUACAAACGUCGCGCGAUAUCAUCCCAUCACAAGCGACCGCCUAUCCGGAAUCGAACUUGAAUGUAAUUACGGAGAUUCACACUGUUCUUGACACACCGCCUCAGCCGACAUACACGCCCGGCAAUACAUCUAAUUGUUCGGGUCACGGGCUCGAGGUAGCUGAGCACACACACACCACCAUCAGUGAUGCAUCGACGGACCUUAUCGGCGAUGAUACCACUCCGACUACUAUUUUUUUCACAGCCAACAUCGACACCCAGCCCGAUAAGGCCACCUCACCAAGCAGCAAAAUAUCUGACGAAGAGGUCGACGGUGGUAAAUCAUCAACAAACCAGUCGUGUGGUUCGGCAUCAACCACUGGGACAAGUGAAUCAUCUGACAGUUAUCUCAAUCGCUCUGAUUGGGAGCCUCUCCGUGCACUUCCCCACUCGAACUUUCACAAGAUUCUUUCACAACAUGUUGGCGGCUCCAUCGAGACCGCAGAAAAUGACUACCAGUACUGCGAGGAGUUUGAAGGCGGUUACAACUACGUCCGGAUCUAUAAUGUUCUCACCGGCUCCAAUGCCGGUGCAUAUGUUGUCAAGAUCCCUUCCGUUGGUACUGCACUUCGUUGGCAGAAGCAGGAUGGUUACAUGCUACGAUCGGAGUUUGGGACCAUCAACUUCAUCCGCGAGCGCACCAAGUGUCCUGUUCCUGAAGUCAUUGCCUACGCAGAUACCUUAAAUAACGAUCUAGGUGCACCUUACAUCUUGAUGAAAGUAUGCACGGGUGUACGAGCCGUUGAGAUUUGGCAUGGCGCUGAUGCCGACGGUCGCUGGGAUCCUGACGAAGUCGAUUUUCCCUCUGCUACAUUGUUCGCCAAGCGUUCGCGCAUGCUUCGUUCACUGGCUGAAGCUAUGGCCGAGCUGCGGAACCUCGAGUUCGAUAAGAUUGGUGCUCUGGACUUUGAUAACGUUGAUACGAACGGAAUGCCCGCCGUUGGUCCUGUCUGGUUGUGGGAGAUCGAUCCAUAUUGCACCGCAGAUAUGUUCACAGAAAAGGCUCUUUCAGAGAAGCCAGUGUACAACUCAAGUCUGGAACUCCUCAUGGAUGGACUGGAGGAGGUCUGGCCGCACCAGGGAAAGGAAGGCCGGCUCAUGGUCAUACAUCAAAUCUUAGACACCAUUUACCGAAGCGACGCUUUCUCGAAGCCAACCAAACCCGGUUGUAGCAAGGAGACCUUCGUUCUCCGCCACGACGACCUCAACCUUCAGAACGUCUUCUGCGAUCCUGACACUGGCGAAGUGACCGCUAUUAUCGACUGGGAGCGCGCUUCCACCGCCUCUCACUGUCUUGGCUAUUCUUCCCUCCCGCUCUUCCUGACAUCUGACUGGGGGCCGGGAUACGACGUAUACGAUGCCUCGCACUCGCCAUUGUCGCUACAAGCGUAUCGCGAGAUCUACGCUGACGCGAUGAUCAAGGCGACUGGGGCAGACGGUGAUGGCAGGUACACAUACAAGUCUGCAAUGUAUCAGGCCGCAUACGCAGCAUUGUUUGGAAGCCACGUUGGCGGUAAUGUUGGUGACUUUGUUCGAAAGCUAUUACACGAGGUCCCUGGCUUACAUCAUACGGAUCUUGAGUUGUACCUGACGUGGUUAGGCGAGCACUGGGAGGCGGUUGGUAGCUCUGUCAAGCAGGCUAUACGAAAAGUUGCGAAGCCGGUAGCUUGCACGAUUGACUACGACCACGAGACGUAG